UAAACGAGGGUACUUAGUUUGAGCCGACGCUGAGACGGUGCACGGAACAAACCGGAUCAAGAAACCAACCGGUCCACGGUACAACAGCUUUACGCAAAACCUGUCGGCAGCUGAAGGGGGGCAGAUCCGGCCGACACUUCGCCGCCAUUUCCCCUCCCUCCCUCCCUCCUCCAACCUCGAGGCAACCAGCUAAUUUUCGCCCGAGUCUCUCCCGGAUCUGCUCGCAGUAUGUCUUAUGGUCUUUGUAGGAUAGAGAAGCCAAGAAAGAAGCGUUCAGGAAGUAUCUUGAAUCCAGUGGUGUGAUGGAUACUCUCACGAAAGUUCUUGUUGCAUUGUAUGAGGAGAACGACAAGCCAUCAUCUGCUGUCGAAUUUGUUCAGCAGAAGUUGGGUGGUCCAUCGAUUUCCGACUAUGAAAAGCUCAAGGCUGAGAAGUUGGACUUGCAGUUGAAGUACAAUGAGCUUUUAGAUACCCACAAGGAAACAUGCAGACAGCUGGAGGGACUUAAGAAUAUGAAGUACGGUGCACCCUGGAACUGAACGACGGGUUUUGACAUUGUAAAUGUGUCGUGAAGCAUGUACUUUUACGCCUCUGUAUGAAGCAUUGCCGAGCUGUAUAAAAUCGAAACAUCUCUUGCUAAAUUCAUCAACACCCUGAUGUAUUAAUGUAUCCCAUUUUACUCCUCUUGAUCCCUUGGGAUAUGAGAGCACCCAAUCCAAUCCAGAUAUCACCAAACACCGGUGCAGGAUCAAAA